CAAGCACACGCACGCACAAACGGAGUCAUGUGAUUUCCAGUAACUGCAGGAACAGAAAGUGAAAGGGUUCAGACCAUAGAUAGACCGUUUAGAUAGAGUUUCAGACUUAAUUCUAACUACAAGGAGCAAAGGGAGGAAACGUGAAGUCUGAGGCUGUGUGUGUGUGUUUCAGCUCACAGUCAGACUGAAGAUGAGUGGUCAUGAGGAGGAAGAGGAGGACAGAGCAGAGUCUCCAGUGUUCAGCUGUGUGUCUCUGAAGAGUGACCAGUCAAAAGGACUUCCUCUGUACUUCAGUACUGAACCUGGACCCUCACACCCAAAAGCGAGGAAGAGGAGCCAUGUUUCUGAGGAGGAGCAGUCGUCCUGCUGUGCUUCAUGUCAGAAUGUCCUGAAAGAUCCAGUCUCCACCAGCUGUGGACACUGGUUCUGCAGACAGUGCAUCACCUCAUACUGGGACCAGUCUGGUUCUUCAGGAGACUCCUCCUGUCCCCAGUGUGGAAAAAGAUCCAGAACAGGAGCUGGAGCUCAGACAGCCGCAGAUCGUGGUCUGCAGGAGUAUUUAGAUGAACAUAAGCUCAGUCUGAGGAGGAGAUGUGAACAUGUGACUGAAGGAACUGAUGAAAAAGGAAGAAGAACCCUCCUCAACAGGAUCUACACUGAGCUCUACAUCACAGAGGGACAGAGUGAAGAGGUUAAUACUCAACAUGAGGUGAGGCAGCUUGAGACGGCUUCCAAGAUGAAGAGCCUCCACGACACUCCCAUCAAGUGCCACGACAUCUUUAAAGCCCUAACUGACCAGCAGAGCAGCAUCAGAAUCGUCCUGACUUACUGCGUUGCUGGCGUUGGAAAAACCUUCUCUGUGCAGAAGUUCACUCUGGACUGGGCAGAGGGUUUAGAGAACCAAGAUGUGGGUCUGCUGACUGUGCUUUCGUUCAGGGAGCUGAACCUGGUGAAGGACCAGCAGCACAGUCUCCUCACGCUGCUCCGUGUUUUCCAUCCAGCGUUACAGAAGCUCACGGCAGCAGUGUUAAUUUCGUUGACGAUAACGAUAACGAAAAAUAUUAUUUAACGCCCCUUUUCCCAUGACUAAGACGAGACGAAGACGUAACGAAAUGGCUCUUUGAAAAUAAAAACUAUGACGAAAUCUAUUUUAAUUUUCGUUAACGAUACGAAACGAAAAUGUUGGCGGUUGACUAAGUCACAACAAUUUUUAAAAACAUAAUCGUAUCAGGCCGUCAUGAAGUACCCGGAGCGGCGAGUGUGUGUGUCUGUGUGUGUGUGCGUGUGUGUGUGUGCUGCCAGACAGCGCACCGGUCCCGAGGCUCCGCCCCCUGCCGCAGCGCACUCGCUCAGAGAGACACAGUGAGAUCAGAGCUCGUUCACAUGGAGCAGGCCAGUCACUGACUCCCCGGCUGCUUCUUAACUAUGGAAACAGUGAAAACACAGAGUUUCUCUGGUCUCAGCUGCUCUGAGAUCAGCGCCGCAGCCUCUCGAUCAGAGCAGAAGCUGCAGUUGGUUUAUACCGAGCUUCAGUUUCCUCCUCCGGUCUGAUCUGCUUUCACUUUUUGUUUUCACAUUUCGCCAACUAAAAUAUAUAGGCUGCAGCUAUAUGUUUUUAUUUAUUUAAAAAUAGGGUACUUCUUAUUUCAUACAUUUCCCACAAAUAUGGGGAUGACUCAAAUAACCCUACAUAGUUCUGCGUUUAAUUUAUUUCAAAGUAGGCCUACACUUGCCUGUGUAUUUUCUUCUCCUCUUCAUAAGCAUUUGGUGUUUCCCUUUGUUGUAACAGGUAAAAAUAAAUAAAAUGUCAACAGUUUUCUUUA